UGUUUCCGAGAAAUUUCUCCGAAAAAAAAAUUCGUAUCAGAUUAUAAUUUUUAUUUGUAGAUGCACAUUUUACAGCCUUUAUAGACUGUUUCGUCGAUGAUAGGAACCAUCAUACUUCCAGCCAGACUUGUACCAGGAGAAUUAACAGUUUGACAGCCAGUCUGCCCCCUUGUGUUUACAAACACGUACUCACCGACUCCUUGCAAAGUUGAAAUGGAGAGUAUUUUGGAACACGAUGGUUCCGACUCUUCAGACAGCGACGAUUCCCACCAUGGAAUGGAUUUCGACGCAGGGGAAAGUGGGAGUGACUUGAUUAAUUCUGGAAGAGAAAACCAAAGACAAGAUUCUGAUGGAGAGGUUAUAGUUGGCAUAGACACUAACACAUUAGUUUUUGGAGACAAUAAUGAUAAUGAUAAUAGUCAAUUUGAUAGAAGUGAUAAUUUAGAAGAUGAUCUGAGUCAGAGAAUGGGCUCCAAGGAAGUCCCACCUGCAGAGCUCGACAACCUAGAAGUGCAGCCGAUGGAGAUCGAGCAAAUGGGCGGCGAACAAUUUAGUUUUCUAGAAACUGACAUGAUGGGUCUAUUACCAGAUUUAUCUCUAGCUCGGGCACCACCAGUACAAGAAAAAGACAAAGAAAAGGAGAAAAAAAGGGAAAAAACUAAAAGGGAGCUCGAAGAGGAAGAACGAGAAAAGAUGCAGGUUCUGGUGUCAAAUUUCACCUCAGAGCAACUCGAUCGAUACGAAAUGUACAGGCGGUCAGCGUUUCCCAAAGCUGCCAUCAAAAGGCUGAUGCAGACCAUCACGGGCAGCUCCGUGUCGCAGAACGUGGUCAUCGCCAUGUCGGGCAUCUCCAAGGUGUUCGUCGGCGAGGUGGUGGAGGAAGCUCUGGACGUGAUGGAGACCUGGGGCGAGUCCGGCGCGCUGCAGCCGAAGCACCUCCGAGAGGCCGUGCGCCGGCUGCGCCUCCAGAACACCAUGCCGGGCGGCAAGACCAAGAGGAAAGUGUUCUGAAAGCGGACCAAAUAAAUCUUAUAUACUUUAGUGCAA